AUGCCGGAAAAAAAUUGGCUCAAUGAUCCGAAUGGGCCGAUGUAUUUCAAUGGGUAUUAUCACAUGUUCUAUCAAUACAAUCCAAAUGCACCUGUUCCUGAUACCAUGUAUUGGGGACAUUGUUUUUCAACAGAUAUGGUCCACUGGAUUCGAUUGCCUGUUGCACUUGCUCCCGAUCAUUCUUACGAUCAAGGUGGCUGCUGGACGGGCUCAGCAACCAUUGUAAAUGGUGUACCAACAAUUAUCUAUACAGGAAUCAAUUCGAACGGGCAACAAGUGCAGAAUCAAGCUUUUCCAGCUGAUCUAACAGAUCCCACACUAACAAUAUGGACAAAGUCAUCGUUAAAUCCUUUGAUAACGUCACCGAAUGGUCGUGAUCCAUCGACUGGAUUUCAACUUCAUGAUGGUUAUUAUUAUUUAAUUUACGGGUUUGGUACAGAAGAUUUAGGUGGGCAGGCUGUUCUAUUUCGGUCUCAAAAUUUCAAGAAUUGGACGUAUAUGCAUCCAUUUCAUUCCAAUCAUUAUGACUCAUUCUGGGAAUGUCCAGAUAUCUUCAACAUAUCAUCUUCAAAUCAACUAGUGCUAAAAGCAUCGCUAUUGGGUCAUGAUUUUUGGGCUACGGGAUCAUUUGACUUUGAAACACAAACAUUUGUUCCAACGGGAACCGGUGAUGUAGGUGAAUUUUCACAGUUAAUUGAUCAAGGACGAUUUUAUGCAUCGAAAACGUUUUACGAUCCAAUAGAUGACCAACAGGUAAUUUUUGGGUGGGUUGCAGAAGAAGAUAAUCAUGGGGCGGAUCGAGGAUGGCAAGGUUGUCAUAGUUUACCCCGACGAAUUGAAUUAUCCGAUGACGGUCAGGAGAUUCGUUCGCAUCCAAUUGAUAACUUGAAGUCUCUUCGUGAUAAAUCGAGUCAUAAGAAAUUCAUAAAUAUUCCUUUAUCAUCAUCAACACCGUUUCGACUAAUCGAUGGUCUAAUUGGUAAUCAAAUAGAGUUGUUAAUCAACUGGCAGUUUCCAAUGUAUCAGGUAAUUUUUCUUUUGUUUGACAAUCAAACUUCGUAAGAAAUAUGCUUUCUCGAACAGUACUACAUUUCAUGAAAAAGAAGAAUUUUGAUCGAAAGUGUUUACGUGAACAAAAUACAGAGAUUAGAUGCGCUCUAAGAGUACCGUCUGAUCUGGAUAUGAACAUAUGAUCAUGUUUGUUAUUUUUUGACAGCAGGUUUUUUGAACGUACGCACUGCGGUCUAAAUCUAAAUUCUCUCGUUCCAUUAGAUAAUAUGACAUAUCAAGGACUCGAUAAUACCUGAAGAAAUAGAUAUUUUUCUAUCUAUGCGCAUUCUUCAUCCAAAACUGAAGAUAAAUCUCAAUUUUUACACUUCAGAAAACUUUAGAUUUCAAGCUGUACAAUUCAGAAAGUCGGAUUCAUUAGUUAUUCUGAAACAUGGCAUGGUUAGCUAACUCUGCUACCGGAGUGAAAUUUGGUGACAGCUUUUAGCAUUUUGUUUUAUAAUUUUCGAACGGCAAGAAGCCUAGUGAUCUGAAACGUCUCAGAUUAAAGAGAAAAGUGUGCUGAAGGUUAUGAGACGAAAAGGUAUGUGUUUGUAUUUUUAUCAUAGUUUUUGAACGCAAGAAUGUAUAGACUACAGUAACGUCUCAUAAUCUUAAACACACUUUUCUCUUUAAUCUGAAACAUUUCAAAUCUCUAGGUUUCUUGUCUUUCGAAAAUUAUAAAACAAAAUACUAAGAGCUGUCACAGAAGUUCACUCCGGUAGGAGAGUUAGCUGGCCCUGCCGAAAAGCGACUGUUCUUUUAAUGCAAUUUCCUUUUUGUCUGCUUGUUAUUCUGAAACUUUGAACUAUAUGAUAGUUAAAAUAGGUGUCGUGGACAAAUUCACUGUACCUUACACUCAUAAACACUUAAAAUCGGAAAAGAAAUUUCUACCACACCUUUGUGUAGACAGAUUUGAAAAAUAAGAAGUUCAAUCUUUAAUAAAAAUAUGUCGGCUUGUUUUCAUGAGUAAGUAGUCUAAAGUGUCCGCUUCAAAGUUGGAGUCAAGCGAGAUCUUGAUUUUCAGCGGUUCGAUCGUGGUAUCUGACUUCAUUGACAUCCGGUAACUUGAAAUAACCUUGAAAUUGCAUGAAACAUACGUAAUCGAUCACGCUGAAUCUUGUGGCAAAGUUUGUUUUUAGGAAAGAGUUGAUAUAAGCUUUGUUCUGUCAGAAUACAGGCGGAAAAAUAUUCCAUUAUAGUAUUCUAAAUUAAAACUAUCGAAAAACACAAGAGUAGAAGAGAGUUCAAAAUGUGAUGAAAACUGGGGUUUUCAAGUUGUUUUCACCUACUAUUAAACAAUUCACAAUACACUCAAAAAACAACAGAAACAGCUCAAAUCAGAAUAUAGAGUAUUUAUGCUAUUCUAUAGCGUAGUUAUAAGAAAUUUAGCAAAAAACAAGUUUACAAAAUUUAAUAGUUUUACGAAAGCAUUUCUGAAAAAACUUUUAGGCAAACAUAUGACUUUCGGCUUUUUCGUUGAUAUAAUCACGUUUACCAGACAAAUUCAGCCAUACCCCGAAAUUUUGAAUUGGUUCUGUUGUUUUCGGAAUGAACUGUGAAUUGUUUAAUUUUCGUUUUGUUUAGCUUCCAAUUGGUGAAGAUCACAAGUCUCUAUCACUUUUAUGUCAAAUGUUAUUAAAAAAAACAUCCGAAUCUAUUCUUUUUAUUUCCGACUAUAGUUUAAGAAUUCGCUUUUUAUUCUCAAAAGCACACUUUUAAAUGUGUGUUCACGCUAGGUAUAUCUGAACGAAAUACGUAAUUUUGCCUGUUUUCUGUAAAAUCUAAAAGCUUUUAAGAUUUCAGUAUUUAUCCUCAUUCCUUCUUUUUCAUUUACCUGAUCUUUAGUUCAUCCUAGUUCAGUCUUUCACUGAAUAAGGACUUUUGAAGAAGUUGAAGUUUUAAUCUGUUUAAAAUUUGAAAGUAUAAUAUAUAUUUAGAUAUUCAGAAAAAAUCCACAUUUUAAGUCUAAAGUAUCCGAGAUGCUCAUUUGGUAACUCGUGUCUUUAUUCGGUCAAAAUGAUCCUUUAGCUCAGUAGACAGCCAUUCCGCCUAACGGUCAAACAAAUGUCUGUGCGUUACCGUUUUUGUCGUUUUGUUUCAUUUAUAGAAUUAACAGAAAAGCCCGUGAAAAGCUGGAAGACAUCUUAUUUUGUAGCUAAAAGCGUGCUUGUUAAAAUCCAUAAAAAGCUCAAUGUAAAAUAUUGACUUAUCUAUCUGAUACAAUCAAAUUUCUAAUAACCUCAUUUCGCUAGAAAUUGGAUUGUAGCUGUUGAGAAAUCACUAUGGCAGAAAACUGAUCAUAUACUGUGAUAUUAGUCUCGAACAGGUUUUGAAGAGCGC